AGCGCGCACCCUGUAUAAAGACUUCGCCACAGGGAUCGACCUGCUUUGCGUGCGCGCACCCGCUACGUCUUCGAGAAGCUCUCCUCCCCUGUUCCGCGCCAACAAUGGAGAACGGAAAGACCAUCGAGCCGUCCGGUCUGGCGCAGAUCAAGUUCGAUGGCGACAGCCCGUUCGAGCUGUUCCAGUCGUGGCGAAAGGACGCCAUCAACACGGACCUCGUGCUGCCCGACGCUCUCACGUUCGCCACCUGCAACGGGGACGGGAAGGUGACGGCUCGUACAGUCCGCCUCAGGAGAAUAGAGCCAGACGGCUUCGUCAUCAUGACAGACCGCCGCAGCCGCAAGGCGAGAGACCUGGCCGAAGUUCCGUCUGGGGCGAUGGUGUUCCUCUGGUGUUACGUGGACGACGAGGGCCGGACGAUCAACAGGCAGGUGCGUGUGGAAGGGGAGGUACUGGAGCUGCAGCCAGAGCAGUACCAAGAUCUGUAUGAUGCAGAGCCACUCUUCUGCAAGAUCCGGUCUCACAUCUGCCAGCAGGGAAAGCCUGUUGACUGGUAUGAGCACAAGCGCCAUCAUGAUGAGGUGUAUGACCGUGUACGUAAUGAGGGCCUCGAACUGCCCAUGCCGCCUCACUUUGUGGCCUACAAGCUUGUGGCGAACGUAAUGGAUUUUUAUUACGCUUAUGACGAACUGAUUGGUGACAGAUUAUUGUUCGUUCUUGACCCAGAUACAAAAAAAUGGAAGUACAAUCAUGUAUAUGCUUAAAUACAUUAAGAACUACAAACACUGCCAUUUGUUUAUGUAUUACCAUUUUAUAUCAGCGUUUUCAUAAAUUAAAUGAACUUUAUUGUGUAUCACACUUUUGUUAGCAGUUUUUCUUUGUAUGUCAUAUAUAAUUAUUUUUGAACAGAUGUAUUUGUUACACUAUCAAGUUCAUAUGUGUAAAAGAGAAUACUCUUGAAUGUGCUAUUGUGAUCUUUUGUAAAAAUAAAGGUGGAAAAAUGAUAGUGGUUACAGCAAUUAUCUUUCAAAGCUUCAAAGUUAUCACUUACUAUUGAUUUCUUUUGGGUUAUUCAGUGUGUGUCUAUGUUAACAUUCCUCAUUUUCUGUCAGGACUUAAUAUAUAUAUUUGUUAUACUUUGUUAAGUAUGAAAUUGUAUUCAUUUUUGUUUAUAUGUACAAGCCUACAAUUUAUGUUUGUUACAACAGUUAUUUUCCUCACAUUACUUAAUAAAAUCCAUCUUAUAUAUGUAUUA